AUGUCAACGCUCAUAUACUUGUUGCGCUCGUGCCACGUGCAAGUGACACGUGAAAAGCAGAUUUAUGAAGAGCGAAUGACAUACGAGUUCUGCCGCGCGCAGAAUACAGAGUUUGAGAACUUUGCCAUGCAGAAUGAAGCCUCCGUGUUUGGCCUUCUGAAGGCGUUCAAGAUAGGCGCAAGUCAUGCGUCUCAGUAUGAAAGACAAACUUUCAAAGCUCAGCAGAAGGGUUCCGGGUACAAGGAGAUAGUGAUGAAACACGCGCUAGACUUUGACAUCCCAGCUGGCAAUGUACUGGUUGAAUACCGCGAGAUGACAGUUUGCUGCCUCGAGUUUAACGAUGCAGUGCAUCUCGUGCAUAUCCCGACAAGCGACCUGGUCAUACGGACCAUGGAUCAGGCAGCCAUUGAGGACCUGACUCGUCAUUAUCAUCUGGACAUUCCCUCAUGGAAGAUAGUGGCCUCAAUGUUUCAUCAUGACAUCAAAAUGGUGGAUGUUGAGGCGAUGGCAUCGCAACUGCGGCCAGAGAAGGUCAGCUUGCCAGCACAGCUACCCCCACCAGCCCCAAAAUUUCCGCAGGGCCAAUUCCGUCUUCGCAGCAGGAUGGGACCAAAAGUGUGGUGCUCAUCCUGCAAGAUGUGGGGUCUUGAUGCUGGCCCCGACUCUUGGUGGACAUGUGUUUCCACUGAGCCGGAUGGUGAGGGAGGCAGGUACUUCCGUCUGCAAGAAGUGAAGCAUCCGCACAGGGUCUUCUGCUCCUCCAUGAAAAUGUGGAACCCAGACAAAGCUGGAAUAGACUCGUGGUGGGAGAUUGAGUAUGGCAGCUCAGGCAAGUGGUUCCGCCUUCGGGAGAAAAAGCGCCCCUACAACUACUUCUGCUCUAGCGGCAAGAUGUGGGGCAAGGAUGCAGGAGAUGACUCUUGGUGGUACAUCCUGAGGACGUAA